GUCUAAGUGUGUAGGCGGGCGAAGCCGACGUGUGCAGGAAGACGGCAGUCGUCGGUAGCCCGAAGGAGCCAGGGGUGGCCCUCAGUGUGAGACAUGAGACUGAAGGUAGAUGCUCAGAAUAUUCCUGAUGAAGAGCCAUCUCAUGAAGUAGAAAUGGAAGGAUUAACAAGGGAGGGUCCCUGUUUUUCUAUUCUAGGUGGCACUUGGGACUGUGAGAAUCAUGAGAGUCAUUUGAGGAAAUCUCCUUUAAAUUGGGAGAAAAACAGGGCUCAGGAAACAAGUUGUGACUGUCUUUGUUUAGGGGAGCAUUUGAGUAUAAACUCAGGCCUUCCACCAUCUCAGCGAGUUCUUACAACUAAUGUUUUCCAUGUUCAUGAUUCUGAUGUUAACAUUUUGGAUUGUGACCAAGCCUUACACAGUUGUACCCCAAAUUGUGCAACUAAGAGAAUUGGUGACAGUGACGCUUGUGGUCAAAGCUUCCUUCCUUCCAUGGAAGUUACUCAACUUACAAAAAACCAAGUGAGGGACAAACCUUAUAAAUACUCAGAAAGUCUUAAAUCUUUUAGUCAUUUUACUGUUCCCCUUUGUGACAAAAAAGUAAUGAAAAGAAGCAAAAAACUUUAUAAAGGUAAGGACUUUGGGGACAUCUUUGCCCUCAGCUCAUCUCUUAAUGAAAACAGAAGUCACUCCUCUGAGAGACCGUAUAAAUGUACUGAAUGUGGGAAAUGUUUCAAACGCAACUCUUCUCUUGUUUUGCAUCACCGAACUCACACUGGAGAGAAACCUUAUAACUGUAAUGAGUGUGGAAAAUCAUUCUCCAAGAACUAUAAUCUGAUUGUGCAUCAAAGGAUCCAUACAGGAGAGAAGCCCUACAAAUGUACUAAGUGUGGGAAAGCUUUCAGUGACGGAUCAGCUCUGACACAGCACCAGAGGAUUCACACAGGUGAAAAGCCUUUUGAGUGUCCAGAAUGUGGAAAAACUUUCAACCGAAAUUCUUCCCUGAUUUUGCAUCAAAGAACUCACACAGGGGAGAAACCAUACAGAUGUAAUGAGUGUGGCAAACCUUUCACUGACAUCUCCCACCUUACUGUGCAUCUCAGAAUCCACACUGGUGAGAAGCCCUAUGAGUGCAGCAAAUGUGGAAAGGCUUUUCGAGAUGGCUCAUACCUCACCCAGCAUGAGAGGACCCACACUGGGGAGAAGCCUUUUGAAUGUGCAGAGUGUGGGAAAUCCUUUAAUCGCAGCUCUCACCUCAUUGUGCAUCAAAAAAUCCAUUCUGGGGAGAAGCCCUAUGAAUGUAAGGAGUGUGGGAAAACUUUCAUUGAGAGUGCAUACCUCAUCAGGCACCAGAGGAUUCAUACUGGAGAGAAGCCCUAUGGCUGUAACCAGUGUCAUAAGCUUUUCAGGAACAUUGCUGGACUCAUCCGGCACCAGAGGACUCAUACUGGUGAGAAGCCUUAUGAGUGUAGUCAGUGUGGAAAAGCUUUCAGGGAUAGCUCCUGUCUAACCAAGCAUCAGAGAAUUCACACUAAGGAGACUCCAUAUCAGUGUCUGGAGUGUGGAAAGUCUUUUAAGCAGAACUCUCACCUUGUAGUACAUCAGAGACUCCAUAAAAGGGAGAGCCCCAUCCAGUGUCCUCAGUGUGGAAAGAUCUUUAGAAGGAACUCUGCCCUUGACCGACAUCAGAAAACACACCUGGAAGAACAACCCAUGGAAGCAUAGUGACCAUGGGCUAUAUGCUCUGCUUCCAACCUCUUGAAAAUGUGCAUAAAGAACAUGUCCUUCAGAUGUGAAUCUAACAGUAAAAAAUAAUCUUUUGUCAAGGGAACUUAUUAACAUGAAGCAUUCCAUAGCCUCAUUAAAUCUAUUACUUGGGAACUUCAUUGAAUGAUAUGGGAAUGGUGUCAGGGAUGAUGCAGCCUAUGUCCAACAUGUAGUACAUACACUGGAAUAAAAUAUGAGAAUGUGAGGAAAAUUUUUCCCAGAGACAUCAUUUGCCUUUAUAUCAGGAUGCUUAAGUUGGAAAGAAUUUGUAUUUAUGUUCAGUAAGUAACCAGUAAGAGGCAUCUUUUAAUAGUGAAUAUCCACCCUACUGUACAUAAGCAAAUGCUUAUUAAAAUCAAACUUUGUGUCAUUAGGAAGAGAAGCUUUAGGCAAGAGCUCUUUCUUUCCUGUGUUAGCAAAGCCAUUGGUGAGAGGUCUGCAUGAUGCUGCCCAGCUAUCUCAGGAUAAGAGUUUGUUGCCUGCUGUAGUCCUGACAGAACACUGAGGACUCACUCAACAAGGGAAAUAGUUGAAGAAGUUGUUUGUGAUUGAAAUGACACUAUCUUUCUUAAGACUAAAACCACCCUCCAUGAUGGAAAGGGAUGCUCUUAAGAAAUAUGACACACUACUUUUCUUGUUAAGACAAAAUAUUGUUUUGUUAUGUUGGUUAUAACCUACUCUCACCAUUGUUAUUCAUUUAGGAUACUUUAAUGUGUUCAAAGUUCAUCCAUUUUGAAUCAAAAUUAUAUGGGUUUUGUUACCAUGUUGAAAA